AUGGAUACCAUUUUGGUUUUCAGCCUGAUCAUUGCAUCCUAUGAUGCCAACAAGAAAGAACUCAGAGACAGCAGCUGCCAAGUGGAGCAGUUACCUAGGAUCUUCACGAGGGAUGGAGAAAGUGUAAGAGAUGUGCCGGUACAAGAAAUACAGGCAGACGCCGAGGGGCCCACGUCCAACCCACACUGGACAGUGGCUUCGCUGCAGUGUUCCGGCUCCCGGGGUGAAGUGAAGGUGAACCUCCUCUACUCGGGGCAAAGGGCGCCAGGCAGGCACGCUCUGCGGAGCCUCAGGGUCUUUGCCGUUCCCCGCACACGAGGCCCGGAUUCCCCAACUUGUCACCUCAGCCCUGCCUCCAAGUUUCAUACACGAUCCUUCCUGGGAGGCACAGCUUUUUUACCAGGGGUUUCACAAUGCAAAGUAGACUCGGUGACAGGACCCUCAACAGAGCCUUUGCUUGGCACCGCCACCGCUGGGACUCCUGGGAAUACAGAUGGAGACACAGAUACAGACGAGGACCUAGAGAAGAGGAAGAAAUGGGGCCUCGUGGCCAAAUCUCUGAUUGCGGUCACUCUGCUGAUCAGUGGAGCAGUCAUCAUGGUGUUUGUCAUUUUUGAAGUCCCAUGCCCUGGUCAAUGUCGGCGAAUCGCAGAGCAGUGCCAAUGCCAGUGGCUGUGGAGAAGGCUGAGGAAGGGAGGCCAGUCCUCAGAGGCAGCUGAAACCCAGCUCAACCCUCAGCCCGAGAAGGGAAGUAUUCACUCUAUAGCUGAUGUCACUGUGGCUACAGUUGUUAUCUUCAUCCUGUGA